AAUAAUAAUGAGGAGAAACCUCUUGAGAUGGUGGGUGUAACCUCUUGUGUAGCGUCCUGAACUCCAGCCCCAACAGAGUUGGUCAAAAAGAGUGGCACACGAAAAGUAGAUAGUGAAUACAUAACUACACAGUUAACUUUUAUAACUUCUUGUGGUUCUAGAUAAGGAAAACAUUCAUCAUGGAAUGGGAGAAUCAGACAUUCAGCCCUGACUUCAUCUUGAUGGGCAUUUUUAGUCACACUCCCUCUCACAUCUUUCUCUUCUCUCUGGUCCUGGGCAUCUUUACAGUGGCUCUCUUGGCAAACAUUAUCAUGGUUCUCCUCAUCUACCUGGAUACCCGGCUCCACAUCCCCAUGUACUUCCUCCUCAGCCAACUCUCCCUCAUGGACCUCAUGCUCAUCUGCACCACUGUACCCAAAAUGGCCUGCAACUACCUGUCUGGCAGGAAUACCAUUUCUGUAGCAGGAUGUGAAAUGCAGAUAUUCCUCUAUGUGUCCCUCCUUGGUGCUGAGUGUUUCCUGUUGGCUGUCAUGGCCUAUGACCGCUAUGUUGCCAUUUGCUACCCACUUCAGUAUCCUAAUCUCAUGAACCAGAAACUCUGUGGACUCAUGGCUGCCUCUUCAUGGACCCUUGGUGUCUUCGAUGGGAUUGUUGAGGUAGCCACUACUUUGUCUUUCUCCUAUUGCGGCUCCCGAGAAAUAUCCCAGUUCUUCUGUGAUGUCCCAGCACUCCUACGUCUCUCAUGCACGGAUACUUCCACAUUUGAAACACUCAUUUUCAUCUGCUGUGUAGUAAUGCUCCUCUUCCCUUUAUCACUCAUCGUCAUCUCCUACACACGUGUAAUUAUAACUGUCAUUCGCAUGAGUUCUGGGGAAGGUCGUCACAAGGCUGUCACCACCUGUACUUCACACCUUAGUGUUGUGGGGAUGUACUAUGGAGCAGCUAUGUUCAUAUACAUGCGGCCCACUUCCAAUCGUUCCCCAGCCCAGGACAAGACGGUGUCGACCUUCUACACCAUUCUCACUCCCAUGCUGAAUCCUCUUAUCUACAGCCUCCGGAACAAAGACGUGGCAAAAGCAUUCAGUAAGGCAGUAGGGAAGGAGAAAUCCAGAGAGUAAAUUGGGUAAUAGUUUACAGGGAUUUUUUUCCUUUCAUAACUCCUCUCCCUCUCUCUUGAACAUUUAUUUAUGAAAAACAAAUUCUCACAGAUUUAGCAACAAAUACACACACAUAUUAUAUGUGUUUGUCAAUGAAACAAACAAGCAACCCUCCCAUAUCUUCCUUACUGAAAUGUUCUCAAACGUUCCCUGGGGCACAUUCUCCUUCGCCUCAGAAAACUAAAUAAAUCUAAUUUUGUUUAACUAUAGGCAUGUUCUUGCUGGCAUUUGGUUGGAGGUUUUUUGGAUUGGGUGUAAUAACCUGUAAGAAGAAUUAUGAAACUACUGAGAAAGAACAUACAUGAGUCCAGGCUAAGAGUUCUUCAACUUAAUACCAGAAGCACAAUCUAUAAAAGUAAAAAUUGAUAAAUUUAUGCUCCCUCCUGGCAACCUCCCUCUUUUCACUGUCUCUGUAGUUUUACUUUUUCCCAAAUGUUGUGUAGUUUGAAUCAUAGAGAAGCCUUUUCAGAUUAUUUUCUUUCAUUUGGUAGUGUGCAUUUAUCUCAUGCAUUUUCAUGACUUGUUAGCUCAUUUCCUUUUAGCACUGAAUGAUAUUCUAUUGUCUGGAUGUGCUACAUGCCAUCCUCCUAAUGAAGGACACUUUGGUUGCUUCCAGCUCUAGGCUUAGUGGUUAUAUGAAAGUUUGUUCUUGAGGCUUUCUUCCUUAAAAAAUGACUCUACCUCUUCAUAUUCCCUUUUAAUCCCUGUAAACUAUUACCCAGUUUACUCUCUGAAAAUUUUUUUUACAAUGCUUGCUCAUCUAGAGCAGAAAAUAAUACAGAUGGCUGAUUUUUCAAACUUACCUCACUAGGCUCUUAACUGUUUUAAAAAAUGAUAGCUACACGAACCACCAACUCCCACUGACUUCAUUUUAUCCUUAAGUAGCACUGUCAAGCCCCCACACCAGUUCUUUAGAACUUCUCAUCCAUAUACACAAAUGUACUCUCUGGCUCCAGCCUGCUAGCCAUCUGCAGGCUGUACAUAUCCACUUCAAUACAUACGCCUCAUAGUGAACAUACACACACACACACACACACACACACACACACACACACACACUGCUCCCACCUGGUGGCCAAAUGCAAAGCAGAAUUGAGGUGGUACAACCUGGGAACUGAUUUCAACUGACUCAGUCUCCACUUUCACCACACUCUGCUGA